CAUCUUCCAGGUGUCGGUCUCCAAAAUGAGAAAUGUUUGCGUUUGUUGUCCUCCGUAUUUGUUGACAGAGAACAGCUGACCGGGACUGGAACAGUGGACAAUAAAGAACUGAAUGUUGAGAAUGUUGAAGUAUUUUCCUACAAAGAACUACAUUAAGUGACAUAAUUUAAGAAACAAGAAACUCAAAAGAUGAAGAUCCAGGGGAUAUAUGUAUAAGAAAAGUCUGCAAUCCCAAAACAAGAAAGAACAAACAGCAGGCGAGACGUACUACUUUUAACCGUCAUUGAGUGAAGAGUCAACACAGCUUUUGCCUAAAUUUGUGAAGUGAAAGCUAUAUGAAAUCGGCUCCUGAACUAGAACCAGGGAAAGUGGCUGGCACAAGACUGUAAUGAAUUACGUCAAAUCUAAUUAAUUGCAAACAUCAGACGUUGAGACAGCGACAUACCCCAGACAAGCACGAAAACGAAGAAACCGGCAGACAGACCAUAGAACACCCAGAUCUACAGUACACACCAGAAACACAAGGAAGUCAUUAGCGGUUACAAGAUGUUACGAAUGCUACAUAUGAUUCUGCAGAUAUGUAGACUGGUCUGAAGAACUGUUGUAAUUACCGAGUGUGUUACUUCAUGUAUCAUCAUGGAUGACUCAAGUUUAGAUACUAAAGGAUAUGACAACACAAUAGAAUUCAUUUCUGUUAAGGAAGAAAGAAUUGAAGAUGUCAGUGAGGAAAAUUGUCAGGAGAUAAAAAAAGAACUUAUUAGCUAUGUAGGUGAAGAAAAUGCCAUCUUUCUAAAAGCUGAAAAUAAUAUAAGUACAAGUGAGUGUUCUGGAAUUGCUGAUGUGGAAACAAAUAAAAGUGACUCAGAUGUUCUGAUGUGUGAUUAUGAAGAUCCAUUAAAAAUAGUGCCAUUUGUGGUUAAAGAUUGUGGGAAUAUAAAUUCUUCAGAAAGUGGUCAAGAGGCACCUAAGAAUUUUAAGGAAAAAGUAACACAUUUAACAGUUGACAAAAAAGGAAAGAUUUUUGUCUGUGAAGUAUGUUGCAAAACGUUUUCAUAUAAUGGUCAUCUCUUAAUUCACAUGAGAGUACAUACAAAGGAGAAACCAUAUAGCUGUGAAGUUUGUAGCAAAGCAUUUUCAAAGAAGAGUCAUCAAGUUGCACAUAUGCGAGUGCACACCAAAGAGAAGCCUUAUAUAUGUAAGAUAUGUUCCAAAGCAUUCUCUCAUAAACAUCAUCUUGAGCAGCACAUGAGAGUACAUACAAAAGAAAAGCCCUAUAGCUGUGAGGAAUGCAGCAAAAAAUUCUCACAGAGAGAUGCUCUAGUAGUGCAUAGGAGAGUACAUACAAAAGAGAAGCCUUAUACAUGUGAGGUUUGUUGCAAAGGUUUCUCACAGAAACAACAUCUAGAAAAGCACAUGAGAAUACAUAAAAUAAAAAGUUGACAAUAUCUUUAAGGUAUUUUCACCUCCACCUGGUAGAUGCAAAGGGAGACAACUUGCUAUGUUCAAGUAAUGUAUGUCAAAGAUGGUAUUACCUAUUGGCAGUUUUUUUGUUUGUUAUGAAUUAACAGUUAGUGCACAAGAGGUCUAUAUAUUUAGGUAUGUUUUUCUUUGUUUACCAAAUAUAAGGGCACGUGAAAACUCUCUCUCUCUCUCUCUCUCUCUCUCUCUCUCUCUCUCUCUCUCUCUCUCUCUCUCUCUCUCUCUCUCUCUCUCUCUCUCUCUCUCUCUGACUGUGCUAUAUUUAUAUUACAAAUAAAUGUUUGUAAAACCAAUUUUAAAAUUAUGUACAGAAAAAGUGGCAAUAUAUCCCUGAUGAUAAA